UUCCAGCGUCAUGUGUUGUUUUGAUGUUGGUGUUGCUGUUCUCUGGUUCAAGACCUAAAGAUCCUGAAGUAAGGCAACCGGCAGAGAUACAUCGAUACAUCUCCUUAGAAUGGCCACAAGUAUGGCACUCUACCAGGACAAGUUUGUGGAGAUCUAUGCGGAUCACAUCAAGAUCAAGUCCUACUACGCCCCUGUUUUUCGGUCCAAGCGAAUCAAUAUCGGCAAAGAGUGUCGAGUUUCUUUCGCCACUGAUGAGGAACUGGGCUUCACAAAGGUAGACAGAAAAGGCUGGGGAAUGGCGCUGAACAAUGUUUGGUGGGCUCUGGACAUGAGGCGGGAAUUCAUUUUCGGAGGACCCAAGCACCCGGGCAUCGUCAUCACCGUGGGCAGAGACACCUUUCGAAAAGGUUUCAGCGUUGAGGAUGGAGAAGCAGCCGUGAAAGUCCUCGAGGCUUUGUUGCCAAGAACAUGGCAGUGAUUUUUUUCAUCCACACCUGGCGUGCUUGGCAGGUCCCUUUGUCUGCCUAGUGGAAAUGGAUCUUCUGGUUGAGACGUUGUUUUGACUCGACCUUGAACACUAACUUUUUGUACAGUGUUUGGUCGCAAGGACGGCCGCGCUAAACAGCCUGUGUUCUGUACAGAGGUUUGAGUGAAGGUCUACAUUAUACCCUUGCUUGUAUUGCAUGGAAGACCUAGGACAACGAACGUCA